AAUUCAGCGGGGGUCAUUUGGACUGUUCGUUUUUGGAGUACCUCGUCAACACAAGACGCUCCAAACCCUGACUCUCCAAGUCCACAGCUCCCCCUGAAAACGACUUUCUUCACAAUAUUUGGCCCUCCACCUUAACCAAAGAUGUCCAAGAAGGCCCCGAGCGAGGACGAAAAGUUCCUCUUCGUAGACAAAGACUUCUUGAACAGCCCGAUGGCUCAAGCCGACUGGUCGGCCAAGAAGCUGGUGUGGAUCCCAUCGGAGAGGCAUGGCUUUGAGGCGGCCAGCAUCAAGGAGGAGCACGGCGAUGAGGUGCUGGUUGAGCUGGCUGACAAUGCCAAGAAGAUGACGGUCAACAAGGAUGACAUUCAGAAGAUGAACCCUCCCAAGUUCAGCAAGGUUGAGGACAUGGCCGAGCUCACCUGCCUGAACGAAGCAUCUGUGUUGCACAAUAUACGCGAGAGGUACUUCUCUGGCCUUAUUUAUACGUACUCUGGUCUGUUCUGCGUGGUGGUGAACCCCUAUAAAAUGCUGCCAAUUUACUCAGAGAAGAUCAUUGAAAUGUACAAAGGCAAGAAAAGACAUGAAGUCCCCCCUCACAUCUACUCCAUCGCUGAUAAUGCUUACAGGAACAUGAUGCAAGAUCGUGAGGAUCAGUCCAUUCUCUGCACAGGAGAGUCUGGUGCAGGGAAGACAGAGAACACCAAGAAGGUCAUCCAGUACCUGGCUCUUGUGGCCUCCUCACAUAAAGGCAAGAAGGACAGCAGUGCUCAACAAUCAGGAGCACAGUUUGCCUACGGGGAGCUGGAGAAGCAGCUUUUGCAGGCCAAUCCCAUUCUGGAGGCCUUUGGAAAUGCCAAGACCAUCAAAAAUGACAACUCCUCCCGAUUUGGUAAAUUCAUCCGUAUCAACUUUGAUGUGACUGGCUACAUCGUUGGAGCCAAUAUUGAGACUUACCUGCUGGAGAAGUCUCGCUGUAUCAGACAAGCAAAGACAGAAAGAGCUUUCCACAUCUUCUACUACAUGAUUGCUGGUGCUAAGGACAAACUGCGUGAGGAGCUUCUUUUGGAGCCAUUCAGUAAUUACCGCUUCCUGAGCUCAGGCCACGUUCAGAUCACAGGCCAGGAAGACAAUGAACUGUACGAAGAGACCAUGGAGGCCAUGAAUAUCAUGGGCCUCACUGAGGAAGAGAGAACCGAUAUCAUGAAGGUGUGCUCCACAGUCAUGCAGCUGGGAAACAUUGAGUUCAAAAAAGAAAGGAAUCAGGAGCAGGCCACUAUGCCUGACAACACUGCCGCUCAGAAAGUCUGUCACCUACAGGGUAUCAACGUGACAGACUUUACCCGUGCAAUCCUCACCCCUCGUAUCAAAGUGGGCAGGGAGGUGGUGCAGAAGGCUCAGACCAAAGAGCAGGCUGACUUUGCUAUUGAAGCUUUGGCUAAAGCUGUGUUUGAGAGACUGUUCCGCUGGAUCCUGGCCCGAGUCAACAAGGCCCUGGAUAAGACCAAACGCCAGGGAGCUUCCUUCCUGGGAAUACUUGACAUUGCUGGCUUUGAAAUCUUUGAGGACAACUCAUUUGAGCAGCUGUGUAUAAACUACACCAAUGAGAAGCUUCAGCAGCUCUUCAACCACACCAUGUUCAUCCUGGAGCAGGAGGAGUACCAGAGGGAGGGCAUCGAGUGGAACUUCAUUGACUUUGGUCUGGACCUGCAGCCCUGCAUCGAGCUCAUUGAGAGACCCAACAACCCUCCAGGCGUCCUGGCCCUGCUGGAUGAAGAGUGUUGGUUCCCUAAAGCCACAGACGUCUCCUUUGUGGAGAAACUUAUGAACACCCAAGGCCAUGUGAAAUUUGCUAAGCCUAAGCAGCUGAAAGACAAGACAGAGUUUUCGCUUCUACAUUAUGCUGGAAAGGUGGACUAUAAUGCCACAGCUUGGCUGACAAAGAAUAUGGACCCUCUGAAUGACAAUGUCACAACGCUGCUCAGCAACUCCUCCAGCCAGUUUGUGCAAGACCUCUGGAAAGAUGCUGACAGAGUGGUGGGUCUUGACACUUUAGCCAAGAUGACAGACAGCUCCAUGCCGAGCGGCUCGAAGACCAAGAAGGGAAUGUUCCGCACAGUGGGACAGCUCUACAAAGAGUCUCUGGCCAAACUUAUGACCACACUGCACAACACCCAGCCCAACUUUGUCAGAUGCAUCAUCCCCAACCACGAGAAGAGGGCAGGGAAGCUGGAUGCUCACCUGGUCCUAGAGCAGCUGAGGUGUAACGGUGUGUUGGAGGGGAUCAGAAUCUGCAGACAAGGAUUUCCCAAUAGAAUAGUUUUCCAGGAGUUCCGCCAGCGCUAUGAGAUCCUUGCUGCUAACGCUAUCCCCAAAGGUUUCAUGGAUGGCAAACAGGCCUGUUGCCUCAUGAUCAAGCAUCUAGACUUGGACCCCAACCUGUACAGGAUCGGACAGAGCAAGGUGUUCUUUCGCACAGGAGUGCUGGCCCAGCUGGAGGAGGAAAGAGAUCUGAAGAUCACAGUGGUCAUCAUUGCUUUCCAGGCCCAGGCUAGAGGCUUCUUGGCAAGAAAGGCAUUUGCCAAGAGACAACAGCAACUGACAGCCAUGAAAGUGAUUCAGAGGAACUGUGCUGCCUACCUCAAACUAAGGAACUGGCAGUGGUGGAGGCUCUUCACAAAGGUCAAGCCUCUGCUGCAAGUGACCCGACAGGAGGAGGAGAUGAGUCUGAAGGAUGAAGAGCUGACGAAGGCCAAAGAAGUGGCUCUAAAGGUUGAAUCUGAACUGAAGGAGAUCACCUUAAAACACACAUCGGUCUUGGAGGAGAGGAACGCGCUGCAGGAGCAGCUUCAAGCAGAGACAGAGCUGUAUGCCGAGGCUGAGGAGAUGAGAGUUCGUCUUGCAGCUAAGAAACAGGAGUUGGAGGAGAUUCUCCAUGAGAUGGAGGCGAGGCUGGAUGAAGAGGAAGAUCGUGCUCAGACGCUGUUAUUGGAUAAGAAGAAAAUGCAACAGCAAAUGCAGGAAUUGGAAGAACAUCUGGAGGAGGAAGAAGAUGCCCGUCAAAAGCUACAGCUGGAGAAGGUCACCUGUGAGGGGAAGGUCAAAAAGCUGGAGGAUGACAUCCUGGUGAUGGAGGACCACAACAACAAGCUGCUCAAGGAGAGGAAGCUGAUGGAGGAGCGGAUUGCAGACUUCAGUACAAACCUUGCAGAGGAAGAAGAGAAGUCAAAGAACCUCACCAAGCUGAAAAAUAAACAUGAGUCUAUGAUCUCUGAACUAGAAGUCCGCUUGAAAAAGGAAGAGAAGGGUCGACAGGAGCUUGAUAAGGCCAAGCGUAAGUUGGAAGCAGAAUCCAGUGACCUGCAAGAGCAGAUAGCCGACCUGCAGGCCCAGAUCGCUGACCUCAAAGCCCAGCUAGCAAAGAAGGAGGAGGAGUUACAGAACGCAUUGGCAAGGUUAGAAGAUGAGACAGCUCAGAAGAACAACGCUCUGAAGAAGAUCAGAGAGCUGGAGGGACACAUCUCUGACCUGCAGGAAGACCUGGACUCUGAGCGGGCGGCUAGGAACAAGGCGGAGAAGAUCAAACGGGACCUUGGGGAGGAGUUAGAGGCUCUUAAGUCUGAGCUAGAGGAUACUUUGGACACCACUGCCACACAGCAGGAACUAAGGGCCAAACGUGAGCAAGAGGUGAAUCUGCUGAAGAGAGCCAUCGAAGACGAGAACCGGACCCAUGAAGCUCAGAUACAGGAGAUGAGACAGAAACACACCCAGUCUACUGAGGAGCUCACAGAGCAGCUGGAGCAGUCCAAACGAGUGAAGUCAAAUCUGGAAAAAGCUAAACAAGCUCUGGAGAAAGAGACAUCAGAACUAACCAUUGAGGUGCGCUCACUCGCUCAAGCCAAACAAGAUGGAGAGCACAAGAGGAAGAAGUUGGAAGGUCAGAUGGCAGAUCUGCAGUCACGCUUCAAUGACAGCGAGAAGCAAAAGGCCGAGCUGGGAGAGCGCUGCAAUAAAGUCACUAUUGAAUUGGAGAGUGUGACAAACCUUUUGAAUGAAGCAGAAGGAAAGAACAUCAAACUGAGCAAAGAUGUGUCCAGCCUUUCCUCCCAACUCCAAGACACACAGGAACUGCUGGCUGAAGAGACGCGUCAGAAACUGCAGUUCUCUGCAAAGCUGCGGCAAGCCGAAGAUGACAAGAAUAGCUUGCAGGAGCAGCUUGAAGAGGAGACGGAGGCCAAGAGGAACGUGGAGAGACAUGUGUCCACCCUUAACAUUCAGUUGUCAGACUCUAAGAAGAAGCUGGAGGAAAUGUCUGGAAACAUUGAGCUGCUGGAGGAAGGCAAGAAACGUCUGCAGAGAGAUCUGGAGGCAGCAAACGGCCAGUUUGAGGAGAAGGCCUCAGCGUACGACAAGUUAGAGAAGACCAAAAACCGUCUGCAGCAGGAGCUAGAGGACACGCUGAUGGACCUGGACAGCCAGAGACAGAUCGUGUCAAACCUGGAGAAGAAGCAGAAGAAGUUUGACCAGAUGCUAGCUGAGGAGAAGAGUAUCUCCAGUAAAUACGCAGAUGAGAGAGACCGAGCUGAAGCCGAGGCCAGAGAGAAGGAGACCAAGGCUUUGUCCCUGGCCAGAGCUCUAGAUGAGGCCCAGGACUCCAGAGAGGAGCUGGAAAGAGCUAACAAGGCUCUCAGGAUGGAGAUGGAGGACCUGAUCAGCUCGAAGGAUGAUGUGGGGAAAAAUGUCCACGAGCUGGAGAAGUCCAAGCGAGGCCUGGAGGCCCAGGUGGAGGAGAUGAAGACCCAGCUGGAGGAGCUAGAGGACGAGCUGCAGGCGGCUGAGGAUGCUAAACUCCGUCUUGUCAACAUGCAGGCCCUGAAGGCCCAGUUUGAGAGGGACCUCCAGGGAAGAGAUGAGAUGGGAGAGGAGAAGAAGAGACAGCUUGUCAAGCAGGUUCGGGAGCUGGAGACUGAGUUGGAGGAUGAACGGAAGCAAAAAGCCCUGGCAGCAGGAGCCAAGAAGAAGCUGGAGACAGACAUUAAAGAUCUGGAGGGACAGAUGGAGACGGCCAGUAAGGGACGAGAUGAGGCCAUCAAACAACUCCGCAAGCUUCAGGCCCAGAUGAAGGACUUCCAGAGGGAGUUGGAAGACGCACACGCUGCCAGAGAGGAGGUUCUGGCUACCGCAAAGGAGAGUGAAAAGAAGUCCAAGAGUCUGGAGGCUGAGCUCAUGCAGCUACAGGAGGAUCUGGCUGCAGCUGAGAGGGCACGUAAGCAGGCAGAGGCUGAGAGAGAUGAGCUGUCUGAUGAGCUGGCCAGCAACUCCUCUGGAAAGUCAGCCUUGGCGGAGGAGAAACGUCGCCUGGAAGCUAAGAUCUCACAGCUAGAGGAGGAGCUGGAGGAAGAACAGGGCAACAUGGAGAUCAUCAAUGACCGACUGAGGAAGAGUACGCAGCAGGUGGAUCAGCUGAACAACGAGCUGCAGACAGAGCGCACCACCUCCCAGAAGAAUGAGAGCGCUCGGCAGCAGAUGGAACGCCAGAACAAGGAGCUGAAGGCCAAGCUCCAAGAAAUGGAGAACCAGGUCAAGUCCAAAUUCAAGUCUUCCAUCUCUGGCUUGGAGGCUAAAGUAGCACAGCUGGAGGAGCAGCUGGAGCAGGAGAGCAGAGAGAAGCAGGCGGCUGCAAAGAGUAUGCGACAGAAAGACAAGAAGCUGAAGGACCUGAUAAUGCAGGUGGAAGACGAAAGGAAGCAGGGAGAGCAGUACAAGGACCAGGCGGAGAAGGCGAAUGUCCGCAUGAAGCAGCUGAAGAGGCAGCUGGAGGAGUCAGAAGAGGAGUCUCAGCGUGCUACAGCCGCCCGCAGGAAGCUGCAGCGGGAGCUGGAUGAAGCCACUGAGACAAACGACACCAUGAGCCGUGAGGUCACCUCUCUUAAGAGCAAACUCAGGCGUGGAAAUGAGCCCUCCUUUGGCAGCACACCUCGGCGUAUCGGCGGAGGCCGAAGGGUGGUUGAGGAUGCCUCAGAGGAGGAGACUGACUCCCAAAUCGACUUCAAUGGAACAAAGGCUGCUGAGUAAAGGAUGUCAUACAACCAAAAAUCAGGACAGCCUUCCAGGACGACGACUUCCACUUAAAAAGAAUCACUUCAAAGUCUGUUAUGUUAUCCAGGCCUUCCGUAUCUCUUAGAUAUAUUUACAGUCUCCCAUUUCCAAGAGUGUACUGAUCUAUCUUCUUGACUCAGAGCACCUUUUCUCUGCACUAAAUAAUCUGGCCUCGAUUUCAAAACGGGGAGUUGUUUUGUUGGCUCUGCCCAUGUGUGAUUUGCUGUCUUAUGUUUUAACUUACACUGUUUUGUACUGCACUGAAUGACUGAUCCUUUUUUAUGUUAUAUUUUGUACAUGACUAAAGGCUCCUCUAAUUACCACGCUAAAUUGCCUGAAUGGCCUGUCUUCUCCUCAAUAAGUCACUUAAGAAGUUAUAAAAGAAACAUGUAAAUCUUUGGACGUUACUAGAGUCAGUGACUGUUGUCCUGUUGCCUGUGACUGCUGUCAGUGUUUUAGAGCAGCGCUGAAGUCGUUGAACAGAUUGAAUGAGAAGGAUAUUUCUGUUCUCCAUCUGCCACUCGGUCAGUGCUGCUGUUUUUAUGCCAACAAAUAUUUAGCUGUUCAACAUUUUCGGCUCACAGUUUUAUACUUGCACUUUUCUUGCGCUCAGGCGUUUUUCAUAGCUUUUAAUCAAGCCCAUAAAUAUAAGAAUAUUUUAUUUUAGAGACUUUAUUUAGCCUGAAUUAUGAAAUCACAAGGCAGAUAUCCCUAUCAGACACAGAUGCACCCCCUCCCCAUAGUCCAGGUUUAUUGUACAUGUUGAACAUUACCCCAGACACCCUCGACCAAAAUAUUCUUAUUUGAUGACGUUAAAUAUGUAAUCAACUCAUGUUUACAGAACACCUAUUCUAUUAUUGUGAACCACCUGCACAACAAAUAAAGAUGUCAAAAAAGCACACAUA